AGACAACUCUAUGGUGCCGAGACAAAUCGCGAAAUUGGGGGAGACGUGUCUUUGCCUUUUGGUAAUCUUUUGCUGUAUGAAAUUUGGCGAAUAUUAUAAUUACGGUAAAUUACGAAGUGGAAAUCCUGAAGCGAAGACUGCCAUCCACCAAGAAGCAUGUCAUCAUCUCAGCCAGACAAGUUUGAACCUUUGGUAGAGAAUCUUGAGAGGUUUAUUGAAAUCACUAGGCAGUUGGGACUGGUUGUCAGUGAUUUCCAACCGCAAGGACAAGCUCCUCUUAACCAAAAGCUACACAUGUUGGUGAGCAGCCUUCAAGAACUAGAUAAAAACAAAGAACAAGUCCAAGAUGUGCAAGUACCUCUUGAGCUCAUUUAUGAAUAUGUUGACCAAGGCAAGAACCCUCAGCUAUACACUAAGGAUUGCAUGGAGAGAGCUGUAGCUAAGAAUGAGCUGGUUAAAGGGAAGAUUGAAACAUUUAGGAGAUUCAAGAAGGCCCUGGUUACAGAACUGGGUAAAAUGUUUCCAGAAGAGAUUGACCGUUACAAGACUGUGAGAGGUAGCGACACAUGAUCACAUUGAGUAUCCUAUUGACUUGAGAAAGAACAAUUGUGCAAACCUUGCCUUCUGAAAAAGACAAUUAUGGUUUCGACCAGAAAUCGGAGAGGAUUACUGAAGGAAAAAAUUGAAAAGGUAACCCUUGACGGAUCAAUGCAAUAUCAAGUCUGCACUUCAGGAAAUGGUUGAAGUAUAGAGUGAGGCCAGCUAAGUUGAAUCUUUUGAGAUCAGAGAACUCUAAAUUGACCCACGAGAAAUUUGAAUAAGAAGAGGUGAAUACUCCUGCUGUGCACAUUUUGGACUGGAAAACUGCUCUGACCGUGAAGACAAUAAUUCAACUUCGACAAUGUUGACUUUUAUUUAGUCUUAAUGUAUUUGUAAAUGGAAGUGUUUUCAGAUAAUUUACAUGUAGAUUUCAUCAAUAUGGUUUCUGAACUGUUGAACACACUACACUGCAGGGUAUAGUCUUUGGAUUCACUGAUGGCAUUGUCUUCAGAUAUUUAAAAGCAACCAAUAUUAAGUCUAAAUGUACAUAUGAUUUGAGAUUGUACGGAGUUUACACUGCAAAAAAUUAUUUCAUCUGCUGAUGGAGCCAUAUCAUUGGAUACAUGUACAGUUGACUCUGACUACAUUGCAAGUCAAAUCCUUGGGACCAUGAAAAUUCUAUUUGACUUAGGCAAUCAUUUUCACUUAUGGAAGGUAGAAUUUACAGAGUCAUCAAUAUAUGUAUACAUAAUCAAUACAUGUAUUCACAAUCACACAUAUAAUUUAGUUACAUAUAAUCGCAGAAUAUGCAGUGCAAUUGGGAAGACUAGAUGUUUACUGGCUUAGCUUUAACAUACAAGAUGUUACCAAGGAACUUUUGAUGGUGACCUGAUUGUAAUGCUGAAUGGUCGUUUUGUUAGUUCAAAACUGUAAUAGCUGGAUUUUAAUCUAAUCUUCUUCUCAGGCUUCUUAACAUUGUAACUAUAAAUCCAUGAUUAUUUUUUUAAGUUGUUACCACUCAAAGUCAAUUUGUAGCCCUCUCCUCCAUCUCUCUUCCUCCCCCUUUACACCCUCUCUCACCUUCACCCCCCUCUCCCCUUCACUCACCCUUCCCCUCUCUCACUCCAAUUCUUUCUUCUCAAACACACACUAUCUUUAUCUCUUUCUCUUCCCAACUCUCUUUCAACUGGAAGUGAAAAUUAAUAAAGACGAUGAUGUGAACUGAAUGCCAAUCAUGUGUGAUAUACUAAAAAAUUUAUAAAGACAUUAAAAAUU